CCGCCCGACGAGCCGGAUGGAGCAGCGCAGGGAGCGGCGGGAGUCCAGCCGGAGGGAUCUCACCAGGUGAUGCUGUCCAAGCCCGACUGACUGCGGAUCCGCGAAACACGAAUGGAUCCCUAUUCGAGACGUGGCUGGGAAAGGCUUUUUCACUUAUCGUCUCUGUGUUGUAUCCUCAUUUAUCAAGCGCAUCUUUCCUGGGGAGUUGAGAGAGUGAACGUCUCUGACUGGGGUGAAUUUAAUCACAGCGGGAGCAGCGGGAUAAAGCAGCAGAAAUGGGACACCGCUUCCCAGGGAGGGCAGGACCUCCAGACAGCAGCUGCUGCUUUACAAACCAACACGUCUUCCUCCGGUCGUUCACUGGUCAGCCGGACCGCCACGUCCAACCUGACGUCCUCCAGCACAGAGAGGAGACUGACCCCCUCAUGGUCCCUCAACUCUGACCAAGCAUUUCCAAUGACAGCACCAUCUAGUCAAACACCAUCAAGAACUGUAUCAUCCAGCCAAUCACCGGGCAUAACAACACAAUCCAGCCAAUCAAAAACCAACCCGGCACCAUCCAGCCAGUCACCAACCACCGCAGCAUCAGCCAACCAACCAUCCAUUCACUCUCCUUCAAAGAUAGAACUCCCCAGCCAAUCACCAGCCACCACAGUACCAGCCAGCCAAUCAUCAAGCAGAACAACACCACCCAGCCAAUCACCAACGAGCACAGCGUCAACGAGAAAAUCAUUAGGCAGCACAACAACAGCCAGCCGAAAACCAACCAGCGCAGCAAAAUCCAGCCAUUCACCAACCAGUACAGUACCAACCAGCCAAUCAACUACCUCUACAGUACCAACCAGCCAAUCACCAACAACCACAGAAUUAGCCAGCCAGACACCAGUUGGAAAUGCGCCACCCAAGACCUUAUCUGGCCAUUCAGCAGGCAGUACUACAAAACCUAGCCAAUCAUCAUCCAGCCAAACGACAUUGAGCCAAUCAACAAGCAGCUCAAAAACAUCAAACCAAUCAUCACUCAACUCAACAUCUCCUAAUCAAUCCUCAACCACUUUAAUACCAGCUAAUCAAUCCAUACCCAGCUCAAAAACAUCAAACCACUCAUCAUACAGCUUAACAUCUCAUAACCAAUCACUGUCAAACGCAACACCAUCUGACCAAUCCCUAACCAGCUCUGAAACAUCAAACGAAUCGUCAUCUGGUUCAGCAUCACCAGUCAGCGGAGCCUUUUCACCAGUUGAGAGUCCAGUUAAUAUUUCACUGCUCACCAGGCAGGUGAAGGAAGCCCUGAGGUCGUCGUUUCGUAGGACUCCAGCAGAGCCAUGUGCGUCUCCCUGCCUGAACGGGGGACGGUGCGUCCAGUCGGAGUCGUGUGACUGCAGCUUGUAUCGGGCCACCGGACACAGGUGUCAGACAGUCCCAAAUCCCGGCUUUGAGAGGGAGAUGACGUGCAGGACGUGGGGUCAGUACAACUUUGAGACCUUUGACGGCCUUUACUACUACUUCCCCGGUCGAUGCACGUACACUCUUCUGAGGGACUGUGAGGAAACCACCCAGGCCAGCAUUGUCGUCCAGGUCCACAAUGAUCCAGGCUGUGGCUCUGGCCCCUACGCCUGCCGACGGUCAGUCAGCCUCUUCCUGCCAUGGGAGGGCGAGGUCCGGCUGCACGCCACCAACGUAACCUUCAAGGGCCAAAGUUUGCAGCUGCCUCAUCACAUCCACGACCUGCAGCUGGAGCAGAUCUCGCAGUACGUUCUGGUGACGCAGCGGCACGGCUUCACGCUGGCCUGGGAGGGACGCGGCGGCUCCGUCUACAUCAAACUCAGCCCGGAGUUCGUGGGCAGAACCUGCGGCCUGUGCGGUAACUUCAACGCGGACGUCCAGGACGACCUGAGGACGAGCUACGGCGUGCUGACCCGUGACAUAGAAAUGUUUGGGAAUAGCUGGCGGGAGACGGAGCCACACCAGGCGCGAUGUCCCACGGUGCCCCCUGGCUUCUCCUCACCCUGCGCUGCGGUCGAUCCUCGUGUCCUGCUGAGAGUGGAGGAGGUGUGUGCGGUGCUGCUGGAUCCGCCAUUUCAGAGCUGCCACGACUUCGUCAGCCCACUGUCCUACAUGGCCAGCUGCUCCAACGAUCUCUGCACGUCGGGUCCCAGCGGUGAUGUGGUGUGCCAGGUGUUCAGCGAGUACGCCCGGGCCUGUGCCCACGCCGACCACCCGCUGCACGGCUGGAGGGAGCGCGUUCCUCAGUGUGCGGAGCAGUGUCCUCUAGGUCUGCAGUACAGGGAAUGCAUCAGCUGCUGCCCAGAGUCCUGCAACCUGGAGCGGACGUGCAUCGACAGCAAGCUGGCCUGCUUGGAUGGAUGCUAUUGUCCGGAUGGUCUGAUCUACGAGGAUGGAGGCUGUGUGAUGCCCUCCGACUGUCCCUGCGAGUACCACGGCAUGUUUUACCCCUCUGGACAAAUGCUGCAGGAGGAAUGCAACAACUGCACAUGCGUGGGUGGAGUGUGGAACUGCACCGACUACAGCUGCCCAGGCGAGUGCUCGGUUACUGGCGAUAUGUAUUUUCAGUCCUUUGACGGGCGGGUCUACACCUUUCCUGCAACAUGUCAGUACGUCCUCGCCAAGAGUCGCAGCUCGGGAAAGUUCACAGUCACCGUGCAGAAUGCCCCCUGUGGAGUCAAUUUGGACGGGGCCUGCAUCCAAUCAGUUAACCUGGUUAUUGACGAGGAUCCAAGAAUGGAGAUAACACUGAGUCACGUGGGAGAGGUCUUCAUGGCCGGACAGUACCGCAUCUCCCUGCCCUAUUCUGACGACAUCUUCCACAUCCAGGAGCUGUCGUCCAUGUUCCUCCAGGUGAAGACUGCGUUCGGCCUGCGUCUGCAGUACAGCUGGAAGGAGUUUCGUCUCUACCUGCAGGCCGACGAGCUGUGGAAGGACAACACGGUGGGGCUGUGCGGCACCUUCAACGGCAACAUCCAAGAUGACUUCCUAUCUCCGUCAGGUAUGAUAGAGAGCACCCCGCAGCUGUUUGGAAACGCCUGGAGAGUCUCGUCGGCCUGUUCCCCCAGCCUGAGUGCACCCCAGCUCGACCCCUGUGACACACACCAGCAGGCCGUGGCCUAUGCCUCAGAGAUGUGUGACGUACUGAACCGGGAUCCGUUCUCCGCCUGCCAUGAGUACCUCAGUCCGACCCCCUUCCAUCAGCAGUGUCGCUCAGAUACCUGUAAGUGCGGGACGUCCUGCCUCUGCUCUGCUCUGGCCCACUACGCUCGCCACUGCCGCAGAUUCUCCGUCAUCGUUGACUUCCGAUCGCAGAUACCCGACUGUGCCGUUACCUGUCCUGCCACCAUGCAGUACGGCACCUGCGUGUCGUCCUGCCAGCGCCGCUGCUCUGCCCUCUCCGUCCCGCAGCACUGCGGCGAGGACUGUGAGGAGGGCUGCGUCUGCCCUCAGGGAUCCUUCUACAACCAUCGAACGCAGACCUGCGUGCACAGGAGCGAGUGUCCCUGCAGUUUCCUUGGAGCAGAUUACGAACCGGGAGAUGUGAUCAUGACGUCAGCAGGUGUUCAGCUCUGUCUGAAUGGUAAACUGGUGUCUCAAACAACAGACAAUGACAGGUUGUGUCCGGCAGGUCAGCUUCACCAGAACUGCUCAGAGGGGGCGGACGGCCUCCUGCCGGGACGGGGCGUGGCCUGUGAGCGCACCUGUGAAUCCUACCUGCUCAACCUCACCUGCUCGACGCACGAGCCCUGCGUGGCGGGAUGUACCUGCCCUCCUGGCCUGCUGAAACAUGGAGACGAGUGCUUUGAACCUGCAGCUUGUCCCUGUCUGUGGAAAGGAAAGGAGUAUUACCCGGGCGACAGAGUCUCCUCCCCCUGCCAUCAGUGCGUUUGCCAGCACGGUACGUUCCAGUGUGUGUUUCGUCCGUGUCCAUCCAUGUGCACGGCUUACGGCGAUCGCCACUACAGGACGUUUGAUGGCCUGCUGUUUGACUAUGUCGGUGCAUGCAAAGUCUAUCUCCUAAAGAGCAGCGCAGAUGUGAUGCUCAGUGUCACAGCUGAGAACGUCGACUGUUUCGACAGCGGACUCAUCUGCAGGAAAUCACUGCUGAUCAACAUCGGAAGAUCCUUCGUAGCGUUCGACGAUGACACCGGGAAGCCAAAUCCAUCCAGUGUGAUCGACAGGAAGCAGAGGAUGUUCAUCUGGCCGGCCGGAUACUUCACGGUGAUUCACUUCCCCGAGGAAGACGUCACCGUCGUCUGGGACCGUAAGACCACCGUCCACAUCCAGGUUGGACCCCGCUGGCAGGGGAAGCUGAGUGGGCUGUGCGGAAACUUUGACCUGAAGACGGUGAACGAGAUGCGGACGCCCGACAACAUCGAUUCCCCGACACCACAGGAGUUUGGAAACAGCUGGACUGCGGCAGAGUGUGUGAACAGUCCAGAUAUCAGACACCCCUGCAGCCUCAGUCCACUCAGAGAGCCUUUUGCAAAGCGGCGGUGUGGCGUCCUGCUCGGCGAGGUCUUCCAGGCCUGCCACCCGGUGGUGGAUGUCACCUGGUUCUACACGAACUGCCUGGCCGACACGUGUGCCUGCAGCCGAGGAGGCGACUGCGAGUGCUUCUGCACCAGCGUGGCGGCGUACGCCCAGCGCUGCUGCCACCAGGGCGUUCCCGUCGACUGGCGCUCCCCGGCUCUGUGCCCUUAUGACUGUGAAUUCUUCAACAAAGUUCUGGGUAAAGGCCCCUUCAGGCUCAUCAGCUUCAGGGAUCGGACCACGCUGCUGGCAGCCAGCGGGCCCGGCGGCUCUGUGUUCCUGCAGCGGGGCAACCUCAGCAGCACCGCCACCGACAUCCUCUCACGGUUCAUGAUGACGCCGGGCCUCAGCAGAGCCCGACCACACGACACCUCGCGGGUUUCCUUUGAGUCAGCCGACAGACCGAACUACUUCCUGUUGGCGAGCCCCAGCGGCCAGGUGAGGCUGGCCAAGUGGGAGGAGAGCGAGGCAUUCUGGGACGGAGCCACCUUCGUCCUCCACAGGAACACCUGGAUCCCCGGCUACGACUCGCUGGAGUCCCACGCAAAACCCGGCUUUUUCCUGCACGCCACGCCGCUUCGCCUCCACCUGCUCAAAUACAGACGCACCGACAGCUUCCGCAAGGCCACGCUGUUCAGACUGACAGGCCCCAGCCCAGAAGCCCUGCCAGGUCCUCGGUGUCAGUGGAGGUACGACUCCUGUGUCAGCCCCUGCUUCAAGACCUGCAGCGACCCGUCGGCUGAAGCCUGUGUCGCCAUCCCACAAGUGGAGGGCUGCCUUCCUGUCUGCCCCCCGCACAUGGUCCUGGAUGAGGUCACCCGCCGCUGUGUCUACGUCGAAGACUGCAUCAAGAGCCCGGUUGUAGUGCAGCCUGUAACAGCGUCCACAGCUCAGCCGAUCUCCGCAGCCGUCACCUCUGCAGCCACCACAAGCACUGCUGCCUCCACCACCCCCUUCAAGACCACGGUCACCACUGAAUCUCCCACGCCGCGCACUGGUCCCACCACUAAAAUCACCACCACUGUUCCUGCCGUCAGCACGCAGACCACCUCCACCAAGGCGACACCCGCCCCUGACGAGCCAACUCGAACGGUCGCCAGCUCUCCUUCUGCAGCUCCUGAACUUUCCAGAACAGCAGGACCCCUGCCUUCCCCAACACUGCCCCCUGCUGUCAGUCCAGAGUUUGUGGAGCCGCUGUCUACUAUCAGAGUGACUGAAGCCCCAGCCACCACUGUAACAGGUACAACAGCAUUGACGACCCGGGCUCUGAGCUCCACCGUCAGCCCCUUCAGGACGAGCAGCGCUCCUUUUGCCAUCACGGCUUUGUUCUGGCUCACCGCCUCCACCAAGCCCACCGAUUCCCUGGAGCCGCUCUUCACCACCACUGCCACGACCCUGCAGCCAACCACACCCGCAGCAACGACCACCGCCUCCAUCGAGGGGCCAGCCACCAUCAGUGCCCCUCCUCCUGUUGUUGUACAACCAACCAUAGAGACCACAGAGGCUACAACACGUUCAGCGGUGGUUACUACGAUUGUAACAGCUUCUAGUCCAGGUCCCGCUCCAAUCUCUGAGACGUCUUUAGUUAUAGACAGAACUACUGUUCCCAGUACAGCUACCACUGCGUACACAGAAACCAGUACAAAGACUGCAACAGUGGAGAGACAUCCCCCAACAACAACUACCCCCAUCCCUUCUGGUUUACCAAGCACAGCACUCACAACCGCUUCACCUCUCCCAACCUCACCUCCUGUCGCAACAGGAACUGUGUCGUUGCCCACAACCACUUCAGCAAAGACCACAGAAUCAGUCACACAAGUUGCACCUUUCACCGCCAGUAACACAACACCAUACACGAGUCCAGAGACAACAACACCACUUGUUACCACUCCUACUGAACUGACAACUUCCACUACAGCAGUUCCUAGGUUACCAACAUCAACCCCACUCCAUGUAGCACCACCUGCAACUGUGCUUUCUACUCCUACCUCAGCUGCUACAGACUGGCGAACAACAACAAAGGAAGUGGACUUACCUGAAACUGCUGUGUCUGAAAUAACUGUAGCUACCACUACAAUGGAUGCACAUCCACCUCUGAAGAUUACAGACACAUUGUCUUCUACUGCCUCCACCUCCACAACUUAUACUGAGAGAACUUCCUGGUUUGCCGCCGUCCCAACAACAGAGAGAACCACACAGACCACAACUCCAAGACCUCCAGAGGUUCCAGAAACUUCCACCGUGUCCACAGGUCCUCUUGUUACAACAAAACCAACUUCACUGCCAGUGUCUUUUACAGAAACCACCACUGUACCACUAUCACCAACAACAGAGAGCUUCACCCAUCCUGCGUCUAGCAUGCGGACUUCCGAGCCGUUGCGUCCCUCGCAUCAGGAGACCUCCUCCAGCCCAGUCUACAGCCCCACAGUGAAGACUACACCAGAGAUCACUUCUGAACCUGUCAUCCAUGUGGUCCCUUCCACUGAUACUACUGAAGUACCUAGCCUCUCAGUAACAACUACAACAAAGCCGGUUGUGACCUCUGCGAUUUCAGCUGCUGCCACAGACUCCACUGCCCAAACUACAACCUCUCCUGAAAUUUCAACUGCAGAAAUUGCAGCCACCACAACCAGGAAAGCGGUUUCAACCCCGCCACCCGCACCUGAAACACCUGUCACCACAACGCCUACAAGAGCUCCACCAGGUGUUGUUACCACCACGCUAAGACCUGUCAUCACACAGCCGAUUACAGAGACGACACAUCCAGUGACCGGCAGAGUGGAGGUGUCAACAAGGGUUACAACCACGCCGCCUACAUCUCAGCCAACCACUUUCCCUGACAAAGUCACCAGCCGGCUGGUGUCCACCGCAAGAGCUACACCCGCUACCACAACCAUCACACGGACAACGACCCUCAGGACGACACCCAUAGUUCCUAUGACAACAAGAGUUACCCCGACAAUUACAGCAACUGAGAGGUCAACCGUCGGCCCACACACCGCAAGAGUUACCAUUGCAACAAGGUUACCAACAGUAACGACCAGUUCAACCACCCUUGGCCCGCCGACUGUCACACCAAGCCCCGGCACAACAACCAUGUCAGGAGUGCCAUCUGCAACCUUCGCAACAUCGUCUAAGUCAGUCACUACAGCGAGCACGACGGAACGUGCUUACACAACCGCAGAAGGUCCCGAGCUGACCACCACACCCGGCCCAGUGCCUGUUCCUAUUCUGACAACAGUCACAGCAUCUACAGCUGCACCCACGACAACCACCAGAGAGUCAGCCACAUCUGAGAAAACUCUGACAACCAAAGAGACUGACGAGUUGCCAUCUACGCCCCAACCGCCGACGCUUCCAUCUGAAGCCCUGAUCUCAACCCAGGAGCCUGGUAUCACCACUCCUGCUACGACUUCACGCCCAGCAGCCGCCACAGCCCAAACUACUGAGCCGGACAGAGUGGAUCGCACCACUCCAGGUGCAACAAUACCUCCUGCUCCGGCGUCUCCUCACACACCAGCGGAAACGACUGGACACAUAGUGGACCUCACAACGUCCAUGGCUGUAUCCCCUAAAAGGAUCUGCACUCCUCCGUAUGCAGAGAUCGUUGAUGAGUGCACGAAGUUCAUCUGCGUCAACAACCAGCUCGUUCUGUUCAACAAAUCCCAGAGCUGUCCCUUCACCUCUGAGCCCCCGAACUGUGGCCUGCUCGGCUUUGCCAUCCUGGUCAACGGAGACAAAUGCUGCCCACAGUGGGACUGUCCAUGUCGCUGCUCAAUGUUUCCGGACCUGAACGUAAUCACGUUUGAUGGGAACAGUGUUGCCAUCUACAAAGCUGCCUCAUACAUAGUGACCCAACUGCCCAACGAGACCGUUAGUGUCCUGGUUCAGGAGUGUCCCGCCGACUCUGAGUCACCGCUCCUCUGGAAUUUCACCAACCUUUGUCUGGUGGCGCUCAACAUCACGCACAAAUCCAACCACAUCAUCAUCAACAGGCUGCAGAGGAGGCUCUACAUCAAUUCGCGGUACGCCAAGCCUCGAUUUAAAAAGUAUGGCUUUGAGAUCUACGACACAGGCAACAUGUACCUGAUCCGUAGCCCUGCUGGUCUCAAGCUGCAGUGGUACCACAGCACCGGCAUGAUGGUGAUCGACACCGACAGCCCCAGCCACAAGCUUCCUACCAUGGGCCUCUGUGGUUUCUGCGAUGGAGACCCAACCAAUGACUUGACUUUGGCCAACGGCACCACAGUGGGCGUAGGCGAGGAUCCGGCUCUUUUCAUCGACAGCUGGCAGGUUCCCAACACCACCAGCUACAUCAGCCACAGCCGCCGCCGCGAGCUCAACUGCUCCACCAGCGACUGCUCCAGCUGCCUGUUCAUGCUGCAGAACCGAGCCUUCUUCCCCUGCCACGCCUUCGUCCCGCCCAGCACAUUCUGUGAGGUUUGGGUGCGAGAUGCAGAGUAUGUCAACAACCAGUGUGUGGCCUUGGCCGCCUACGUGGCUUCUUGUCACAGAUUUAAUAUCUGCAUAGAGUGGAGGAGUCCAGAUUACUGCCCCUUCGUGUGCCCCGACACUCUGCGGUAUCAGGCCUGUCUGCCGGCCUGCACGUCUCAGUCCUGCCCCGACCACGACUUUGACUCUGACCCGGACCAGUGCUCAGGCCUGACUGAGGGCUGUGUGUGUCCCGCGGGGACGCUCCUCCACCGGCCGUACUCCGCCCUCUGCAUCUCACCUGAGAAGUGUGCCUGCACCGACAGCUCUGGCGUUCCUCGCGCACACGGCGAAGUGUGGAAAGCCUCGAAGGACGCCUGCUGCAUGUACCGCUGCGACAACGACACCGUCGUCCCCGUGGAGUACAACUGCUCCGACGUGGCGGCGCCCGUGUGCCGCCGAGCCGGGGAGGCGAUCGUCAGCCUGGCCGACGGCACCAGCUGCUGCCCACAGAAAGUCUGCGUGUGUAACCAGAGCCUGUGUGACCCGCUCCCUCCUGAGUGUAAAUACGGGGAGAAGCUGGUGUCGUACUACAGACGGGACUCCUGCUGUCCGGACUACGUGUGUGAGUGUGAUCCCGAGCUCUGCGAGUCGGACGUUCCCACCUGCAGAGAGGACCAGACCCCGGUCGCCACCAGAGCCGACGGCAGCUGCUGUCUGGCCCACAUCUGCAUGUGCUCCUCCUGUCCGGGGACGCCUCCUCUCUGCCAGGACGGCGAGCUGCUGACAGUCGACGGCAACACCACCGACCGCUGCUGCCCCGCCUACCAGUGUGUGUGUGAGCCCUACAGGUGUCCUCAGCUCAGUUGUCCUGUUGGGACGUCGGUGGCGUCGGUGUCCCGCCCGGGUCGCUGCUGCCCCAACCAAACAUGCGAGUGUUCCUGUGAGAAGAUUGCCUCCCCAAAAUGUGCCCUGGGCGAGGCCGCCCAACUGGACCGGGCCUUCCUGUCCGACCCGAAGAACCAGUGUGCCUGCAAAAGAUACAAGUGUGUGCGCGAGGCGGUGUGUGUGUUUGGCGAGCGCGGAGUCUUGCGGCCGGGUCAGACUCUGGUGGAGCACGGAGACGACGGCUUGUGUCACAGCCGGCAGUGCAGCCGCAGCCUCGACCCGGCGAGUGGCUUCCACCUGCUCCGCACCUCCAGCAUCAACUGCUCCGCCCACUGCCAACCGAAUCAGAUCUACGUCCCUCCCAAGGACCAGUCGACCUGUUGUGGCGUUUGUAAGAAUAUUUCCUGCCCCUAUCAACAUGAGAACGGGACAGCGGUUUUCUACAAGCCGGGGAAGUCCUGGGUGUCCAACUGCAUGAAGUUCGACUGCACAGACACUCUGUCCGGACCCACACUCGUCUCCUACUCCUUCAGCUGCCCCCCCUUCAAUGAAACAGAGUGUAUGAAGAUCGGUGGAACUGUCAUAAGUUACAUGGACGGAUGCUGCAAAACCUGCAAGGAGGACGGAAAGUCGUGUCAGAAAGUGACGGUGAGGAUGACGAUCAGGAAGAAUGACUGCCGCAGCAACAGGCCGGUGAACAUCGUGUCAUGUGACGGGAAGUGUCCGUCCGCCAGCAUCUACAACUACAACAUCAACACGUACGCUCGCUUCUGCAAGUGCUGCAGGGAGACGGGGCUGCAGCGGCGCUCGGUGCAGCUCUACUGCAGCGGCAACGCAACCUGGGUCAGCUACACCAUCCAGGAGCCCACUGACUGCUCCUGCCAGUGGUCCUGAACACACACGCACACACACACACACACACACACACACACACACACACACACA